AUGGAUUUCGCGCUCCGGUGCAACUCCCUCAGAUGUCGGAGCCAGCUUAACGACCGCGCAGUUGUCACGACAUGCAGCCAUAUCUUCUGCAUAGCCUGCUCAGAGAGUCUUGGCCUGGCAAAUGCGAACGGUGCAGUGCGAACAUGUCCGGCAUGCGACACACAACUCGCCAAUCCUGACGAUGCCGUCGUGACCCAGCUGAAUCCGACCGAGGACUACAAGACCAGUGUGCUCAGCGGUCUAAGCCCGAGCAUCAUCAUGGAAUGUGCUGGACGUGGCUUGUCGUUCUACAGCUACCAGACUACGCAGGAGAUCAUCUACCAAGAAUUCCUCGCGCGCAGCCUCACCGACAAAUACUCCACGCUCAGCUCGCAGAUGGACAGGAUCAUCCAUGAUGCCAACUCCGAGAUCAUGGGUCUGCGCGACAAGCUCUCCACCAUGCACGCCGAACAAAAGCAGCUUCAGCAAAAGAACCGCGACCUGGCCGAAGCAUUUCGCGAGAAGGCGAAGCAUCAACAGCACCUUCAAAAGCUCUACCAAAGCCUAAAGCAGGAGCAACUUGCGGCCGGCAUGGAAUUAGCGGCCGAGCACGAUGCAGACCACACUCUGCGG